GCUUUUUCCUUUUUUAUUUUGUUGUCUUCUAUUCGAUUCCGCUUUUAGAAAAGUUUGUUGUUGGGUUUGGUUUCGAUCGAUUCUAGAAAUCUGUUCUGGUGGAAAAAUCCCAGUUUAAAAGAAAAAACAUCUCUCUAUCUAUCAUCUCUAAAGUUAUCUUCUUGGUGCCAUUAACGAGCUUCAUCACAGUGAUUCUGUAAUCUUCAGAUUUCUCCUUUUCAAGGAGUUUCGCUUUCACAGUGGUCCAGAUUGUGCUGAUUUUCAGACAGGUACCUUCUUGCAUGUGCCUAGAUCAGCCUAUAGAGAACUGAGAUUUUGGUAUCUGUUCUUGUAGAGAGAGCUGUUUGAUUUUCUCCUUGUCAAGGGGACACAAGGACUGUGGUUGGCUCUUGGUCGGUGAAUAAAUAAAAUAGAUAAUGGAGCAUGAUUUACCGUCUAUUAAAUCAUGGAAGUCACUUGUUAAGAGGAGAAACAACCCUCAAGAAGGGCUUUUGCAGGGCAAGUCAUCGUGGAAAAUGAAACCGGUCAUGGCUCUCAUGUGUACACUUCUUUUGAUAUUUUGGUAUAAGACCACUAAUAUCCAGUAUCAACAGACACAGAUAGAAGAAACAGAUUACCCCUUUGAGAUGGCAAAGGAAUCUGAACCGGUGAGUGAGAAGUUGAAAGGGUUGCCUUUUGGCAUCAUACAGCCUAGAUCAGAUUUGGAGUUAAAGCCUCUUUGGUCAAGUACUAGUUUGAGGUCAAAGGGAGGUGAAUUGACAAACCGUAACUUGUUGGCAAUGCCGGUAGGACUUAAACAAAAGGAUAAUGUGAACGCUGUUGUACAGAAGUUUCUUCCGGCGAAUUUCACUGUGAUUCUGUUUCAUUAUGACGGAAACAUGGAUCAAUGGUGGGAUCUGGAGUGGAGCUCUAAAGCCAUACACAUUGUUGCACAUAACCAGACAAAAUGGUGGUUUGCGAAACGGUUUCUCCAUCCUGAUAUCGUCUCCAUUUACGAUUAUGUUUUCCUUUGGGAUGAAGAUCUUGGAGUUGAGAACUUCAACCCUCAAAAAUACUUGAAGAUAGUUAAAAAAGCAGGACUUGAGAUCUCUCAACCGGCCUUGCACCCAAACUCAACCGAAGUUCACCAUAGAAUCACAGUCCGGUCUAGAACAAAUGUAUUUCAUAGACGAGUUUAUGAUAGUAGAGGCAAUAUGAAGUGCUCAAAUACUAGUGAAGGGCCUCCAUGCACCGGAUUUGUUGAAGGAAUGGCUCCAGUGUUUUCAAGAUCUGCCUGGUUUUGCACUUGGAAUCUAAUACAAAAUGAUCUGGUUCAUGGGUGGGGAAUGGAUAUGAAACUUGGGUACUGUGCUCAGGGUGACCGUAGCAAGAAAGUUGGGAUAGUGGACAGUGAAUAUAUAUUCCAUCAAGGCAUUCAAACUCUAGGUGGAAGUGGUUAUCCCGACAAGAAGAACUCAGCUCGCAGCGGAGUCACAAGGAGACGCGGUUCUGCAACUUUUGAUUCAAGAACAGAGAUACGGAGGCAGUCAACAUGGGAGCUUCGAACUUUUAAAGAACGAUGGAACCGAGCGGUUGAGGAAGACAAGAACUGGAUCGACCGGUCUUCAUCGACCAGGAAUCGUAUCAGCAAUAACCGGAGAUUUAAGCGGAGUAGUGUGAUUUCAAGUUUAUUGCAGAGCCAAGCUGAAGAGACUAGAAAAUAAUCACAUGCAGUUUUUCUUUAAAAAAAAAUCAGAUAAAAUAUAGAAAAAAGGUUUUGUUCAUUGUUAAAUAGUUAAUCAUCAUUCGCUUCGCUUUGAUUAGUGUAGUUUUUUUAUUAUCUUCCCUAA